AUGGCGACGGAAGUUUUGGCUUACAAACCCCGUUCUUUACCACCACUGACCUCUGGCAGUGAUCCUGAACCUAUCUCGUCUCUGAAAAGUGGGAAACGAAAAAAGAAAAAGAAGCCUCUGACCAAUGGCAUCGAUAACAGCGAUUCCCCGGCAACUACAAGCACGAGUCGACCGCAUGCUGAGGAUGGGGAAACUGAAGAUAGGUUGCACUCAUUGUCUGGAAGCAGUGAAAACAUCCUGAGUGAGACGCCAAAGAAGAGAAAAAGGAAAGCUACAUCAGCCAAACUUAGGCAUGGUUAUGAAUUUGAAAGUGGAGCUGAAGUGGAUUUACGUGGUGAUGAAAACCAUAUCAAUAACUUAAAAUCAUCACCAGGUGCAGCAAGGCGAAGGAGAACAAAGGAUACACCGAGCAAACCUCGGAUACCACGGUCCGUUAGCGAGGAGAUCUUACAACAAGAACAGAAUGGUCACUUAGAAUCACAGAGAGAUACUCCAAGGAAAAAGAAAGCAAAACCAAAAGCUGAUGACAGUCCGGAUGCUGAUGGUGAGGGUGAAACAGGUAGAACACCAAGAUCUAAACCACCGUCUGGCAGGAAACCAAAGAAGCGAAGACAACAGAGAGCUAUCUCAGCUGACGAGGACUACCAAGCUGACGGUGAAGUGUCUGUAGAUUUUAUGGUACAUGAGGAUGACUUGGUUGUUGCUGAUAAAGACAGAACAUUAGAUCCACAAAUGCCAUCCCACACAACAGUAUUGCCUAGCCAGCCAACUGGAAGACUAUUUUUAGAAAGAAAGAGUGGCUUUAAAAGUGAACACAAAUCACGUCUUGCUCAAGUGAAAGAAACAGAUGAAGACAAACAUGAAAUUGUAACUACCUUGACUUCACCAGAGUUGGCGUUGUCUGUUCAUCGAGCUACAAUGACCAUAUCGUUAUUUUGUCACGGUCUGUUGGCUGGAUUCGCACUGUGGCAGUGUAUCGUGGUAUAUUCCCUGAGUGAAGGGGAAGAAAGUAUCGACCGUGAGGGUGAUAUUAAUUUCCUACAGAACUAUUAUAAAUUAUCCGUCCCUGCGAUGUGUAUGUAUUAUUUCUUACUGGCGGUGUGUGCAGUGUCAGCAUUUGAUCGGUAUGAUUUAGCAAGACCAAAUCGAAAAUUCUUCAAAGGGCUUAUAACAUUCCAGUCUGGUGCUAUUUCAAUUCUUGUUUAUUUGAUAACGUUGAUAUUCUCCGUCAGCACAGCAGCAUUAGAUGAUAGGAUUGGUUUAUAUGGCACUACAGAUCCCCCUCUAUGUGAUUCUGAGUGUUUAGAAGAGCCAUUGUGGCCAGAAGGUGAAGAUUCCAAAUAUAGACUCUAUGUAUGGAGAAUACUUAACUUAAUGAGAGUUAUAGGAUCUGUCAUUGGCUGGAUUAUCAUAUCAUUGACAUCAACAACAGACUACACACAAGAUCACCUUAAGAAGAGUGAUGAACCGCUCUGGGAUAGCCAAGGCGAGGCUGAAAUGAACGAACGUCAGCAUGGAGUCUGAGCGUGUUUAUUUUCUCACAUGUCAUAUCUUCUAAAAACUCAGUGAAGUUUUUUAUCACUUUGUAGUAAUUCUCAAUAUUGCAAAUACAAUCAAGGUGGUGUUCAAAGUUGUCAGAACUAACUUUAAAUUAACACUGAGAUACAUCCCUGGGAAGUUAACUGAGUAUGCCAAUCAUACCAAUCCAGUAUCCGUUUCUUGCCUAAUCUGUUGGAUUUCUUAGAUUAUUACCAGAUGUGAAUUGUCAGUUCAGUAAUCAAAGGCAUUCCAUCUUGUAUAUCUGUGAAAUUGUCUAAAUGUAUUUAAAAAAUUUAUAUCAAUGUACUAAAAAGCAUUUAAUUUCACGUAAUAUCAAUAAUAAUUUGUCCAAUAGUUUUUAGUGGGAGAUGAACAUUUAAUAUUGUUGAAAUAUCACCUGUCAGUUGAACUUCAUGUCAUGCUUUUGAUGUGCAUCACAGUAAAAUGUUAAUCCAAAUUUCUUUUAAAUUAUUCUGCUAAGUAAUUAAAUAUCGCAAAAUAUGUAAUUCAUUUGUGCUAUUCAAGUCAUCAACAAUCAGUAAAAAUAAACUCCAUA